AAAAAACUUUAACUUAAAGACAACACAAAGCCACAACAAGACAAGGACACAACAGCAAACUCAAAGUUCAGAACUUGGACUCUGAAAGACCAUCACCACCAACAACAAAAAUGGUGUUCAACAGCUUGGUAGUGUUAACAGUAGCCCACGUAUCAGCAGACUCAUGGCAAUCAGUCUUAUGCGUGCCAACUCAGGAGCGAUUCAGCAGCCAACAGCUGUUAGAUCUUGUGUGUUGUUUGCCCUUGCAGCAACUGGGUCGUUUUGCCCUUUGUCUUUGGACCUUUCUGUGUCUUCCCCAUCCUGAUUCCUUCUAUUCUUACUCCACUUACUAUGAUUCUUCGGACUCUGACUAUGAUAUUGAUGAUAAUGGUGAUGGCGAUGGCGAUGGCGCUUCUUCAUCCUCCACCAUUGAUCUUGAGGAGUACUACUACCAUCCCCGUUCUGAUUGAUCAUCUGAAAAGGAGUUAGAGAAGAUGAUCGAUUAAAUUGUUUAAUGGUACAGAAGAAAGAGAAAGGAAAUAAAGUAGUCGCUAGAGCUCAAAUUGUUUGUGAGUUCACAUAACAUCUUAACGGAGAUUUGCUCUACUAUAUAUAUGGCACAUGCAUAAUUUUUUCAUGUGCGGUACAUGCACUAGCAUCUUCAAGGUUAUAGGAAACGGAAGCCAUUUAUGUCUUCAGCAUGGUAAUAUGGAGAAUAAAUUUGGCUAAUGUUCAUUCGACAGACUAGCCUAAAGCCUUCUUUAUGCUUCUGAACAUGAUAAUCAAUCUCCUUCCAUCUGCAGAUGCAGCAGUCCAGAAUUUGACCUCAUUUUCAGUUCGGUUGUACCUGGCGGGAAGCAGUUUACAUGACCUGAGACUUGUGUCUUUAGUUAAAAUACAAAUCCCCAAACAUUACAUGUUUUGCAUAGACUCAAGGAAACGAGAAGUUGUAAGUUGAUGUACAAACAGAAUAGAAAAGCCUCUUUCAGAAGCCUCAACCCUGCGGAAAAUCUAGGAUAGUGAAUUGCAUAUUAUUUGAAUGUGUGCAAUAGAGUCCACUUAUAUCAGCAAUGAUCAUUAACUUGAUGCAAGUAUAACUUUGUUAGUGAAGCUGGGGGAAAUAGUGAAAGUGGAGUAGAAUUUAGUUCAAAAUUUCUAUAUAGUCCAUAUGCUUUUUGUGGUUUAGAUAUUAUAUGUCAUCCCUUCCUUAAUUUUAAUCAAAUGAAAAGAUGUAAAGCAUCAAAAUGCUAAUACAGUGAUCAUCAUGAUUUUUAUCUUAAAUCUUAGAACCUUUUCCUGUGGA